AUGGCUUGGAGUGAUCUUCUACCUGAACUACUCUCCAUCAUCUUCCAAAAACUAAUCACAAACAAACGAAACGUUCCUGAUCUUUACCAAUGCCUUGCCGUCUGCACUUCAUGGCGUCACUUGGCUAAAGAAUGCCUCAUAACUCUUGCACCAACUCCAUGGUUUUUGCUUAAACAAAAAAUCCGUCCCCAGAGCAUAACUUUCAGCACGAUCACCUACAAGAUUCCUAUAACCCCGAAUAAGUCUGCCAGGAAGGCCACCCUUUCGUUUAGCCUUUUCGAUCAUGCAAAGGCUUAUGCUUCAUACGAUGGAUGGUUACUUGUAGGGUUUGAUGAUAAGGUUUUUCCUAGCUCAACUGCCUUUCUUUACAACCCUUUGUCAGCAAAUAUUCUUCAGCUUCCGCCCUUUCCAGAGCCUUUGAGGCUCGAUGAACGUAGUACUAUCACAUUUGUGAUGUCUGAAUGUUGUCCAACUGAUGCUAGGUGUGUUGUUUGUGUUAAGUUUGAAGUUGGAGAUGGUCUUGCAAUUGUUUUCUGUAAGCCGGCUAUUAUAAAGGGGAAGAGGUGCUUACUGUCGUCGUCUUCUACUUAUUGGGCCUUGUUGGAGAAAGACUCAUCUGAAAUUGAUGACAUGAUCUUCUACUGUGGGAAAUUCUACACUAUUGAUAGGUAUGCUGCUUUGUCUGUACACAAUUAUGAUGCUAAUGCCAAUGGAUUCACGAGGGAAACUGUUGUAGUUGAUUGGUUUAACGUAUUUAAUUGUAAUCAGAACGUAGCAAUUGGAGGAGUUGGAAGUGGUAGUAGUUCCAGAAAAUUUUGUAAUUCUCUGGUGAAAUCUAAAAACGGAGACUUGUUGAUGAUCAAGAGGAUUUUCAAUAGUAAUUUUUCAAGAGUUACGAGAUCUUGCAGCAUUUAUAAGUUGAAUAUGAGCAACGUAGAUUACUACUACUGGAGUGAGGUAAAUAAUCUUGAAGAACAAGAAGCACUAUUCUUGGGCUGGCAUGACUGCAUCUCUGUCUCGACUUCUGAUUCCAACCCGAGAUUUAAGAGGAAUCACAUUUAUUUCUUUGACAAGUAUUCACCUGGUGGUAAGGUCAUUAGAUAUGGUGUGUAUGACUUGAAGACUCGUGCUUUCCUGUCUUCUUCUAAUGAUAAUGGUGUGGAUCGUGAUGCUGAAGGAUACAAGUGUUGCCGUUUGUUUGCUCCAUCUGCAUUAUCAUAG